AUGGCGCCAAAUAUUAAGACCAUCCCUACCUCCGAAUAUCAGGUGGUUAAGAAAACCGUACAGCGAUAUGUUGAGGGCGCCAAAGCCGGCAGCCCCAGCAGAACCGUAGAGCCGUUCCACCGCGAUGCCACCAUGUACGGAUACUACAAAGGCGAAUUGACCGCCGGCCCGAUAAAGAACCUGUACAACUAUAUUGAAAAGUUCGGUUCAUCGCCUGAUAUGAAUACGCAUCUAGACGUGUUAGCCAUCACCCCAACUACUGCUGUUGUGAAAGUGGAAAUGGAGGGCGAGGCCACCGGCACACCAUAUACAGACUUUCACACGUUGAUCAAGUUAGAUGGUAUCUGGACUAUUAUCGCAAAGGUCUUCCACGCUUAUGAUGUGUAG